CCGCCGAGUCUUCCCAUCUGCAAUCCCGAGAUGGAGGGUCAUGCGACUCAUCGCAGGGGUUUGAUUGCUGCCGCCUUUGCUGUCUGAUAGCUUUGUCGCUGGUUCUCCGCCACCAGCUCAUCUGGAUGGACGUCAAUCAGGUGAGUUCAGACACACGAGCACAGAAGAGAGAACUCACGCGGAGAAAGGGCGCCACCACGCUUUUGGUUUCUCUGCGUUCAGUUUGUUGCGAAUGCCCGUUCCGUGAAGGACAGCCUGGUGCUGCUCCUCGACCAAGAUCCCGCCACCGUCGCCGCACAGGUGGGUUGCACUGACUGGCUGAGUAAACAUUGACGAGGAGCCGCUCACUGUGUCCUUGAUUGAUGCAGGCGUCGUCGCCCGAGGCAUGGCUUGAAUCAUCAGCUGGGCUCGAUAGCCCCACUGCUGAGCACCCUCACGACCCGGCUCCAGCAGGGAGGGCCCACCCUCACCAGUGCUGUAGUUGUAGAUGCACCCACGUCGACCACAGAGGCCGCUGCUGCAACGGGAGCCGCACACACAGAGCCACGGGUGGGGAGAGUUGGGGUGCGUGGCCGUCCGUCCGUGGUCAUCUGUGCAGGGAUCCGCCCUCUGCGUUGCGGGUGUCGUGUUGUAUUGUUGCAUUGCAGGCGCCUGUGAACACUGGUGGCCCAUCGUUUCGUCGCAUCCAUACCACCGGCAACCCUCCACCGGUCAACGUUAACCAAGGACCGGUAAGGGCCACGCACAAGAAUGAGUGUGAUGCAAUCAGCUCAUGGCGUGUUGCCGUCCUGUUGGUUGUCACUUCAGGCUCGUCGUCGUCUCUCGCGUGACGAAUUGGCGAAUGUGUUCGGCCACCUGCAGCCCUGGGAGCUGACGCGACACCGCCGGCCCCCUCGGCACGACCCUCGUCCAUCAGUCGGCAGCCAACUACACCAAACUGGUCAUCGACUGCAAUAA